AUGGACUACAAUAAAUAUACACCGAGUCCAAGACAGACAGGCCAUAAUUUCAUAGUCAAGUAUUGGUAUCUCUUCACGUCCUUCUUUAGCUCGUUGGUGUUUGUACAGGUGUUGAUCAAUGGUGCGGUAACUUACCAUCUAUGGAACAAGAUAACCGGAUCUGAAAAGUCCAAUGAACCAGUGGAUGUGGAUGAAAACACUUACAUUCCAAGGGAACCUUACAAUGAUAUCGACCAGAUGAAACCAUCCAAAGACUUGAGAUACUACUGCUUACAUAUGGGAUUGGAUUUGGAAGAGUAUCGUAUUGUGACUGAAGAUGACUAUGUCCUCCCAUUACACCGAUUAAUUGAUCCCAAGGUGUCUUCGGAAGAACGGAACAUGAAGAAACCAAUACUUUUACAGCACGGACUUUUAUCCUGUUCUUCGGCUUACGUAACCCCAGGCUUCAAUUCAUUGGCCUACUAUUUCUUAGAGCAGGGUUACGAUGUUUGGUUGGGCAACAACCGGUCGUGGUUUGAGCCAAUGCACAACACCAUAGAAGGCAACUUGAUGCACAGUGAAGAAUAUUGGGACUGGGAUAUCCUCCAUCUUGCGUACUACGAUUUACCGUGCAUAAUCAAGACCGUCUUGAGCCACAAGCCUAACCACGAGAAGUUGGUGUAUGUUGGCCAUUCUCAGGGCUGUACCCAGUCAAUAUUGAUGCUUAAGAACGGGAACUUGAGUGAAGUACAUGAGAUGAUUGAGUUCUACAUUGCAUUAGCUCCAGCCAUCUUCCCAGGAAACUUAUUUCAUCAUCGAGCCUUCAUCAAGUUUAUUCACAGUAGAGGAAAGUUGGGCUACAAGUUAAUCUUUGGAUGUUGUUCGUUCCUCAGAUACCUUAGCAUUGCCAGAUCAUAUUUGUAUUCUACUAAGUUGUUUGGAAGUUUAACAUAUUACAUGUUCAAGUAUUUAUUUGGUUGGAAUGCCCGGAAUUGGUGUAAGGACCGUCGGAUCUGGCACUUCAAUUUCAUCUUCAACGUCACUUAUGUUUCCUCAAGACUCAUGAACUGGUGGUUAAGUGAAUGGGUCCCUCAAGGAUUCUCCAACCAAUUACUUGCACCUAAGGCGUACAAGACCAGGGCCAAUGCCAUGCCACAAUCGGAAUUUGAUGUUGAUGAUACUCAAAGUUAUUUCCCCUUUUCCAAGCAAUGGUUCACCAAUGACUUGAAAACAGUUCCCAUGCUUAUCUUCACUGCUGGUCAAGACUUCUUGGUGGACGGUGAAAGACUCAGAACUCACAUGAGAACGUACGAAAAGAACUACAUCGCUGGUGAAAACUUGUUCCUUCAUCAUCUAGACGACUACAAUCAUGUGGAUGUGAUUUGGGCUGAAGAUGUCGUGGGUAAAAUCGGGUAG